AUGGCUUUAGAUGCUGCAAGUAAUGGCAACUACAAUACAAGGUCUCCAGCUCAAGCCACCAAACUGAUUGAGAAUUUAGCUUCCAGCAACAGCACUAAAGUUGCUGAUUUUGAGAGGAAGAAGCUAGCUCAAAACAUGGAUGGUGUUCAACUUGCUGAAGUUAAGGCAAAGCUCGAUUCUGUGCAUAACCUUCUUGUUUCCAAGAAGACUGUUAAGUUUGCUGCUGAGGUUGAGGCAGUUGAACCAGGUGCGGAUGAAGAAGAAGGCGUGAAUUACGUCAGUGGAGCUGGAUAUUUGGGUCAGAAGUUUGGUAACACACAUGGUAACCGGCACGACAAUGGGUAUGGUCAGAAAGGCAACAUCAGUUUCGUCAGAACCUAUGGACAUUCUUCUUACCAGUCGCCUCCUCCUCCAUCUGCAGAUACUGAGAUGAAAUCCAUGCUAGAACAGAUUCUAGCGGGUCAGCAGAACAUGACAGUGGAUUUCAACGGGAAGAUGGAUGCAUUAUAUACUGAUCUAAAUGGCAAGAUAGAAGCUUUGAGCACCUUUACCAACAAGUUGGACGUUAAGGUUGCACAGACUACUGGAACUGUAAAGAAACGAGAAGGAUGCAAUGCCAUUUUGAUUAGGGAUGGAGAUGAUGUUUGGGAGGAGGAAACAAGUGACGAUGAUGAAACCGCACUUGCACAGCAGGUGUCGCUCGACACCAUCUCAAGGUGUCGAUCGACACCUACAUCAGUUCUCAAGAAUUUGGUCCCCGACGGACCGAUACCGACCGAGAUCGACACUAAGCCUAAGGUUCCUUUUCCAAAGCCUAGGAAGUCUAAACAGGAGAUAGAGGAAUCUCGAUGCAAGGCAAUGAUGGAAAAGGUGAUCAAUGAGAUUCAUUUAGAUCAUGCAGAUCGUGAUUCACCUAUGCUUAAGCAGUGUGUUAAGAGGAUGGUCCAAAAUGAAGUGAGCCCUGAGGAAGGAGCUUUGCUGGCUAGAGACAUGGGUGCUAUCUUCUUGAAACAGACCCCGCAGAGUAAGAAAGAGAAGAAGAAGAAGAAAGUGUUUGUUUCUGAAAAAGUUAGUGCCAUGAUUCAGAGCAAGAUUCCAGAGAAGUUAUCUGAUCCAGGAAGUUUCGUGCUAGACUGCUCUAUCUUCACAGAGAGAUUUCCUCACUCUCUUUGUGAUCUUGGCUCAGGUAUCAACUUGAUACCAUACUCUGUUGCUGUGAGACUUGGGUUGACAGAUUUCAAGCCUACUAGGAUCUCUCUUAUCCUAGCUGAUAGGUCUAAAAGAAUUCCCGAAGGUCUUUUAGAGAAUGUUCUAAUAAGGAUUGGUGAAUGCAUAAUUCCUACAGACUUUGUGGUUUUGAAGUAUAGCGAAGAACCUCAGGAUCCUAUUAUCCUUGGGAUAUCUUUCUUGGCUACCGCUGGUGCUCUUAUAGAUGUUCAGAAAGGGAAGAUUGGACUGCAUGUUGGUGAUUUGGUUAUGAACUUUGACAUGGACAAGUUAAGGAGAGCACCUACUAUUGAUGGCCAGACUUUUUCUCUAGAGGAAGCCAUGGAUGAUGUGGCAGUCAUAGAGUAUUCAGAAGAUAUUACUGCUAGGGACCAAAGCGAAGGUCUAGCUACUGCUAAGUUAUUGGAAGAUGAUGUUUUUGUGCUAGAGAUGAGGAUCGCUGAGACAAAUUGCAGAAAAAGUGCUGAAACACAAGCAUCAGGAUCAGUGUCGAGCGACACCACCAUGGUGUCGAUCGACACCCCUCGCCACGACAGUCCGAACUUGCCAAAAAUGGAUGGUUUUCGGGUUGAUCUUACUACUGCAAUCUUGAGCCCUGUUUUGAAUCGGGAAGCUUCACUACCCAUACCUAGACUAUGCCCUGCUGCUGUUCCUCGUGUACUUGGUCGAUCUCCUACACCUAAUGCUUAUAAACCACCUUGGAUGAUGAGACACUAUUCUCGGAGGCAUUUAGUGCCGCUUUCUGACCAACCGGAUGCAUGA